AUGGAGCUUGAUGAUGAUGAAUCCAGGCGCGGGCGACAGUUGCACCAACCUGAAGGACCUUCAUCCGUUCGUCGUCAGCGCGAUGACUCGCCUGAUGCCGUGAGGCGCCGCAACUCCUGCCUACGUGCGCAUUUGGGCUCGGGUUUAGAGCAACCUGCUCCUAGCCCAUUCAUCCGGCCAGACGUUAUUAAUCGUUUGGACGGCGUGGCUGAAGUCUAUUACCACCAAGGGCCGUACGAUUCUAUCGCCACGGAGAGGAAUGGAACUCUCAGUGCCAGUUCUCACGGCAACAACGGUGAUAGUAUCCGCGAGCAUCGCCUAGUAUUUCCCAUUCUCCCUAAUGGGUCUAUGUCAUUGGGUGGUCGAACCAAUGCCGAGGAUACAGACAUGAUGGCCGAGGACCAAGGAGCGAGGUCUGAGGAUGAUGGCCUCCUGGUGGGCCCAUUCUACAACCAGGAGGACAUCGAGCGUCGUCGAGUGUCACGCAAGCGCUCUAGAUCUGCUGAGCGUGAGGAAACUGAGGCCGCUUCCAAUGAACGCGCCAUUAAUGGCCUCUGGAAGAAGGGUUAUUUGUAG